UACAUACUUCCCCCCCAGAAUGGGACACCCCUGGCUUGAGAUCAGCUGUUAUGGCCAGUUACGGCCAUCGCGCUAUCGCCCCGAUUUGCUGCUGGUCUUGGUCUUGGUCUUGGUGCUGCUUCCGCUGGCCUGCUGCUGAGUGGUGCCCCUCCCAGGCUCCCCCUGCCCGAGCGGACAAAAUUUAUCAUGGCACAAGAAAGCCCACGCAUACCAUAGCAUAGACUCGCUCAUACCCGUACAGGUGCGGUUUACACGCACAUGGAUGUACGGAUACGGAUGUACAAUUGGCUUAGUAGGCAGGCAGCUAGCUUUUAUAGGUAACUCCUCUUUCCGACCCAGACCCAGUGGUAAGCGGUCACAAUACAUUAGUUGCCUACAUGAGACUUGCCAAACUAAAAGCCGCCUCUCCCUCACUGCUCCUGACCUUUCUUCCUCCCCCCUCCCCGAUCUCUCUCCCGUUCCUAUUUUCCACCUUUGUCGCCGUCUCUUCUCCAACACCUCUUGCCUGUUCUCUCGUCAACACGCUACCAAUCCUCCCCCCCUCCUGCUAGCCAGGCCUGCGGAGUUCCUCACCCCUCUCUCACCUCCACCCUCCAACUACCCCCACUACGCAAGCCUCGAAACGACGGAUACGGCCUCCGACAAAGGAAGAGACACUGCGAGAAAGGACAGCGAAACAAUAAGCCGAAACAGGAGGCCUGAAAAGGAACUGGCGGCUGCAGAACUCGCCGUUGUCCUGGCCCGAUUGUGGAUUUGUGAAUUUGUGUGGCUAUUUCGAGACUCGCUCGUUACCUCGACACCUCGAUCCACCUUCCCACCUCUACCUCUGCAACAUACCUUCUCCACCUCCACCGCUCAGGCUCUCGGACUUGGGCCCCAGGCUCAGACUCAGGCAUCAGGCUCAGGCUAGCGGAAUCAGCAGGUCAACCUACUUAAAACUGAGGUGGACGGUCUGCCUAGGUACCUUUCUUAUCGCAUCCCUACCUCCCGCGACAAUCCACCCCACUGGAGCAACCAACCCUGUAUGUACGACCCACCUCCGGCUCUGCCCCUCACCAUAUCGAGUACGUCGAACUUGCCUAGGAGCCCUCGCCUAUGACGGCAGGUACCUCUCCCUCCCUUCCGUCAACCCCGACACCACCCUUUUCCCUCGACCAAGUGU